AGUGCUGUCUCACUGGUGGGGUAGUGAAGCCGGGGAGUUCCGCGCCCUGUCGAGCCUGCAGCAGCCGGCCUCCCGCCAGCAUGGAGUACCUCAUCGGCAUCCAGGGCCCUGACUUUGUCCUUGUCGCCUCCGACAGGGUGGCUGCUACCAGUAUUGUCCAGAUGAAGGACGAUCAUGACAAGAUGUUUAAGAUGAGUGAAAAAAUCUUACUCCUGUGUGUCGGAGAGGCUGGAGACACUGUCCAGUUUGCAGAAUAUAUUCAGAAAAAUGUGCAACUUUAUAAGAUGCGAAAUGGUUAUGAACUGUCUCCCACAGCGGCAGCAAAUUUCACGCGCCGAAACCUGGCUGACUGUCUUCGGAGUCGGACCCCGUAUCAUGUCAACCUCCUCCUGGCUGGCUACGAUGAGCACGAGGGGCCAGCGCUCUACUACAUGGACUACCUGGCAGCCUUGGCCAAGGCCCCUUUCGCAGCCCAUGGCUAUGGUGCCUUCCUGACUCUCAGUAUCCUGGACCGGUACUAUAAACCAACGAUCUCACGAGAGAUGGCCGUGGAUCUUCUCAAGAAGUGUCUGGAGGAGCUCCAGAAACGCUUCAUCCUGAAUCUGCCAACCUUCAGUGUUCGAAUCAUCGACAAACAUGGCAUCCAUGACCUGGACAACAUUUCCUUCCCUAAGCAGGGCUCCUAACGUCCUGCCUCUCCCACUCGCCAGGGAACUGUUUUUGAUGGGGUCCUUUAUUUUUUUCUACUCUUUCAACAUGCACUCUUGAUAGAUGGUUAAUUCAGAAUAAAGCUGAAUGUGGAUAAGCUGA